GCGCCGGGCCCGGGAGGCGCCGCUCGCUCAGCGCGUGGCCUCGAGAGCGGCGGCGGCGGCGGUUGGCGAGGGGCAGCGUGGGGCCUCGGCCCCCGGCCGCCUCCUGCUGCUGCUGCUUCUGGCGGCCCUGCGUGCCCGGGACGGCCGGGCUGCUCCGCGGGGAGCGCCGGGCCCAGGCGUGCCUGCAGGAGACGCUUCCCCAGCAUCGCAGCUGGACGAGGUUUGGGCACCUCUGCAGAAUGCUAUGGAUAUGGCUGGAGGGGACGCUUCUUCAGAUUGCCAGCCAGACGAGGUUUUGGAGAGCGGUCAGGAUCCCACAGGUGCUCGAGGAGAAGCUGCCCCAGAUAAAACAGACGCGUAUUCUUUGGAAUUGUCAGCAGCUGUGAGGAAAAUACUGCAGGGGAAAUUUCUGGGGACAGAUAACGAGACCACGGAGGAGGAGACAUUUCGGGAAGGAGGCAGUCACAGACUGCUUGUCUCUGAUAAAGGAGCCAAGCCAAAGGAAGCAACAGGCACACCAGGACUGAGAGUGAGGUCACGCCAGUGUGACCAGCACCUUCCUCCAGAGGCUCUCGGAAGGCCGCCAAAGGCCAGCAGGCAAAAGACAGAGAGCGGAACAAGCAGACUGAGGGAAAAGGGAGUCCUGCAGAGCGCCUCCUUUCUCGAGAAAGGCUUUCUGCGCCCACGUUCUCUGGGGCCAGCUGGAAGGGAGGAAAAGAACGGAAGGCCAGGGCAAACAAGCCAUCUGCCAGCCUGCUGCCAACAAUUCAGGAGAGCUUCUCUAAGGCAGAAGAGGACGGCAAGCAGGAAGAAGCUCCUCGAGCAAGACCUCAAACUGCAGUUCCUGUUUGCAGACAUCAGAACAGGGCAGAACAGGCUUGGCGGCAUCAGGAAACACUGCCGGAGGUUCGGCCAGCCUCACCAGUGCCCCGCCUGGGAAAGAGGAGAGCACUGCGGCCGUCCUGCACAGAGCAGAGCAGAAGAAGAGCAAGCCAGAGAGGCUGCCGAGGCUGCACAGGAGAGCAAGUGUGCACCAGUGCUGGCCCCGGCCUGGAAAACUGGAGUGGCAGCACCUGUCCGAGGUGUGAGGAAGCCCAGUGCCUGAGCUCUGGGGCUGGGUACGGCGUUGCCUGAUUUCUCUUGACAUGGGAAUGACCUGGGCUAGCCCUUGGUGCCAGGGA